AUGGGGAGUCAAGCCGCGCCGCUGGUGCAGACGCCGAUCCAGUUGGCGGUGCACAGCCGCACGGAAGAUGUGAGCGGCCUGUGCAGUACACGCGCAAGCAACACACGUACCUCGCACGUCGCGCUCGGCGAUGUCGUGCGCAUCCGCUCGUCGGGCAUGGCAAAGCGCAAGGGAAUUGUCGCGAGCGUCGAGCAGGGCGUCGCGAUCGUGCUCAUGGACGUACAGACGCAGACGCCGGUGCAUACCUACACACUCGCGCCGUCAGACCGUGCGUGCACCCCGCCGCUGGUCGUCGAGCGGCGCGAGGGCGAGGCGCUGCGCCGCACGACCUACCUCGGCCUCGAGCACGGCGAGGAUACCACGGUCUGGGCGCUGACCGAGGCGCUCGAUGCGCGGGGGCACCGCGUCCCGGGAACUGAUACGGAAAAGGAGACGAUCGGCGUCGCAGGGCGCGUCCAGGGCCUCUUUGUCCUGCGCACCGGCGAGCUGCUCGCGGUGCGUGACCAGGCCGUGGUCCUUGUCGGCGCACAGGAAGAGUGCGCAUGCGCCCGUGUGCGCUACGAUACCCAGAUGCUCGACACGCCAGCCGCGGCGCGCAUCGUGCCGGAGGAGGGCGUGAUUGGCGCGCUGACCGUCGUCGGCGCACAAGACACGCUGCAGCUCGCAGUGAUUGCCGUGCACGCCGCUGCGCCGCGCCUGCGCGUGCACACGAGCCCGGUUUUGCCUCGUGUUUCGGUCGAGGCGGUGGCGAGCGCCGCAUGGGAGCCCCAAGGGACGCUUGCCGUGCUGCAGCGCUCGGGCGAGCUCGUCUCGGCGCACGCCUCCCUCGAGAGCGGCGGUAUCCAGGUCGCCGAGGCGCGGUCCGUGACGCUUGCGCCGCUGCGCGAAGGCGACAAGACCACGUCCGAGAUCCUCUUUCUCUCGCCGUCGCACCUCCUUCUCCUUGCUCUCCCGCCGGGCGACAAGGGCAAGGAGCGCGCUACGGCGCUCAUCUGGGACAUUGACCUCGACACGGUCCUCGCACAGGUCGAGUGGUCGCUCAGCGCGACGCCCUCGCGGGGCGUGCCGAGCGUGUGUGCGACGCAUGCGACCGACGCGCACGUCCUGGUCCUGAUCGACGCGCCGCACCGCGACGUGGUGCGCAGCAGCGUGCUGGCGCUGCCGGUGAGCGUACCGGAUACGGGCCUGCUUGUGCACGCGCUGCACACUGCUGCGCAGACCGCGCCGUGGAUCGGCGAGGAGGCGCACGGCGGCCAGGCGCUCGGCGCGGCGUACGACGCGUUUGUCGAACGGAUUGCCGCGCUGGGCGACCAGGAGCGCGUCGCACAGCUCGACGCGCUCUUUCCGCAGCUGAUCACCGACGAGAGCGAGCGCCUGCGUGCCGCGGAAAACGUCAAGGCGUCGCGCAAGGCGCCCAAGCCAGUGCUCCCGACGCCGUUUGUGCAGCGCAUCCUCGACUGGGCCCUGCCCGCGGCCAAGAAGGGCGAAGCGGCGGUGUACGCGCCGAACACGCUGCGCUACCUCCUGGAGCGCGGCGUGGUGAGCGCGGCGAUGGUGCCGAGCGACGCGCUGGUUGCGCGCGUGCGUGCGACGCACGACUGGACGACGCUCUACCUCGUCCUGCGCCACGUCCCCGACCUCGCGGAGAAGGACGCGAUGGCCAUCGUCAAGGACGCGCUCCUCGCGACGUCGGACGCGGGUGCGCCGACCGUCGCGCGUGUCUUGCAGCACGUCCUCGCCCCGCCGCCUUUCUCGAAGCCGGCGAUGCGCAUGGCGCUGCGUACGCACAUUGUGGAAAACAAGCAUGUGCUCAUCCUGCUGGAUAUCGUGCGGUGCUGGUUGCAUACGCAGCUCCAGGCGCCGCUCGAUGCGCACCGCGAGACGCGCCAGGCGGAUAGCGUGCGCACGGUGCCGCGCACCUCGAUUCGCUACCGCACGAGCGACGUGCGUGCGCCGCAGCUCGACGCGGUCGUGUCGUUCGGCGAGGACUUGCUGGAUACCUACUUCCCCCAGCUCCUCGCGGAUCCCACGACACACCUGUGCCUGGCCGAGUGCACGCGUGCGCUGACGCACGACGCCAACACGCUGCAGACGCUGACGCGCCUCAGCGCGCCGCUCGAUGCAUUUGCGCUCGCGGAAAAGAGCAAGGGCACGGCCAAGGCCGAGUCCAAGUCGAAGCGCCUUGCGCUGCACGAGGCGAGCCUGCUGGUGCCGCUGUACUCGCGCGAGACGCUCGAUGUGUAG